AUGAACCCAAACGAUAUGUACAACUUUAACGACUCAGAAGAUGAUUGCCAGACAACUUCCAGCAGCGCAGAUAACUUUCUUAACCAAUCUAUGAACAAUUCACAGAAUACGAAUACGAGAUGGGGAAGGAGAGGUGGUGCAAACUCCACCCAGUAUGUACAGAAUGUGGCAUUUCAAGUACCAGUUAUACCCUCUGCACGAGAGUAUCAUCAACAAUUCCAAAUGCAGCGUCCAAACCAGGACGAAUACUUCCAAGACCCGAGAGAGACACGAUUUUACGGUGCAAGGGGUCAAGGGUCUAGCAGAGAUAUAGUCGAUCAAGAAUCACAACCUGUGGAACGGGAGGUGAGACGGGAGGCAAGAGGUCACUCAGACAGACAACACGAUGGCCCACCGCAUGCUAUGCAAGACUUGAAUACGUCUCCUUCUGAAUCGCGCAAUGAUGUCCAGUCUUCCGAUCGAUCUGAGAUAAUGACUUACCCAGACCUAUUCUAUUUCGCAGUGUGCUCAUCAGCACAAUUAUAUCAACUCAGACAUUACAUUCUGAAAUUCCCAUGUGUACCUUCAAAUGGUGAUGAUGAAUGGAGUUUUGACUUUCACAUCAACAACAGGGACAUGUCCCUAUCUCUUCACCCUGGUAUAUGGGUUCUCAUGGCGUUUGGAUUAUUGGAGUCGGGUGCAUGGAUGCACGCGAUUUCAUCCAAUUCCGACCUGGAAUUGUCAUCAACCUGUGGAACAAGUUUAUUUCUACAUGCGGAACAUAUUCUAUCAACUGCCCUCAAAUCAUCACUCUGA